UCUUGUUUCUAGCUAAAUAUAUACAUGUACAAAAUGGAUUUCAAAGCUAUGCUUCUUCUGUUUGCCUCUGUUCUCUUAGUUUCUGCUGAGGUCUCAUCAAAUCAUGGUCCUCAUGAUCAGGAACUCAACAUAAAGGAUCGGCAUGUACGCUACGGUAAUUUACGUAAAUGGAAUCCACUAUUCAGGGCACCACCAUCGCCACGUCAAAUGAAUGAAGCGGCUCCUACCGGAGUACUUGUGGUCAUGCCACUUAGUGCUUCCCGAGUUAAGACCAACAGGGAUUGCGUCCCGUUGUGUGACAAGAGGUGCAAAAUAGAAACAAAUAAGAUUAUCUGCAGGAGAUCAUGCAUGGCAUGCUGUGAUCGCUGCAAAUGUGUUCCUCCGGGAGAUUAUGGUAGCAACAUGAACAAAUGUGGCAAAUGCUACACCGGUAUGAACUACCACGGACACAAGUGCCCUUGAUUAAUUAAUCCUCAAAUCAACUAAUUAAUUAAGCACGAGAUCGAUGUAAUUAAUAAGUACUGUGAGACUUGAUUCACAGAUGCCACAAAAUAAAUGGGUUAUGUAUUACUUAAUUUCAACAUCUAUUUAUUAUAUGGGCGAUAGAUAGGCCCAAAGUAUUUAAUUAUAUUGAGUCAAUGGCUUGUAUAAUUAGUUAAUCAAAGUCAAUUCAUGAAAAUUGAAGUCUACAUAUUGCUAUUUCUACAUAAAAUAAUAAAGUUUUUAUAAUUA